CAAGCCAUGAGCAAGGGUAACGCAGCAGUGGUGUUGGAUGGUUGCUCGUUGCAGACCGACGAUUUGGUGUUGCUGUCCAAGGGCCAGACCAAGCUCGAGCUGAGCACCGAGGCGUGGGCGAAGGUGAAGAGCAGCCGUGAAGUCGUGGACAACAUCUUGCGCGAGAAGAAGGUCGCGUACGGCAUCAACACGGGCUUUGGGUUGUUUUCGAACGUUGUGAUUUCCGAAGACAAGUUGUCUGAGCUGCAAGAAAACCUCAUCCGGUCGCAUGCGUCCGGCGUUGGCGAGCCGUUGUCGCCGUCGGCCACGCGCAUGCUCCUCGCGCUCCGCAUCAACGUCUUGUCCAAGGGUCAUUCCGGGAUCAGCGUCGACACGUUGGAGCAACUGGUCGCGGCGUUCAAUGCCGACUGCUUGUCGAUCGUCCCCGAGAAGGGCACGGUCGGUGCGUCCGGCGAUCUCGCGCCGCUGGCCCACUUGGCGCUCGGCAUGAUGGGCGAAGGCAAGAUGUACGACACACGUGACAACAACACGAUCAAAGACGCUGCGGUGGUGCUCGCGAGCCGCGGCCUUCGCCCCGUGCACCUCAAGGCCAAGGAAGGCCUCGCCAUGAUCAACGGCACGCAGCUCAUCACGUCCAUCGGGUGCGAGGCCGUGGUCCGCGCGCAGAACGUCGCCGAGUGCGCCGACAUUGCGGUCGCCUUGACCUUGGAGGUGCUUAAGGGCACCGUUAACGCGUUUCACCCUCGCAUCCACGAAGUCCGUCCGCAUCGCGGCCAACUUCUCGUGGCCAAGCGCAUCCGCACGCUGCUCCAAGCCGACAAGCCGUCGGAACUGUUCCGCAGCCACAACUACGAAGGCAAGGUCCAAGACGCGUACACGCUUCGAUGCGCGCCGCAAGUCCACGGCAUCGUGAACGACACGAUCGAGUUCGUUCGCAACAUCCUCACGGUGGAGAUGAACUCGGCCACGGACAACCCGAUGGUGUUUGUCGGGUCGGCCGACGUCACCACUGACUUCACGCCCAUCAAGCCGCCGCCGACACCGGCGCAGGAUGAAGCCGACGGACACGCGCCACCCGAGACGCUGACGGAAGCGCACGCUGAGAUCGCGCGCCUCAAGACCCUCCUGGCCGCCGAGAAGGACCACGCGCACCCGAGCAUGAAGCGCACAUCCGACACAUUUUACCGCGGCGGCGGCGGGUUUAUCAUCUCUGGCGGCAACUUCCACGGCGAGUACCCGGCCAAAGCGCUCGACUUUCUCGCCAUCGGCGUGCACGAGCUGGCAUCCAUCAGCGAGCGCCGCAUCGAGCGGCUCGUGAACCCCAACUUGAGCGGCAUGCCGGCGUUCUUGGUCGCCGAGGGCGGACUCCACUCGGGGUUUAUGAUUGCGCACUGCACGUCCGCGGCGCUCGUGUCGGAAAACAAAGUGCUCUGCCACCCGUCGUCCGUGGACUCGCUGUCCACGUCCGGUAGCAAGGAGGACCAUGUGUCCAUGGGCGGCUGGGCGGCGCGCAAAGCGCUCACGGUCGUGUCCCACGUCGAGCUCGUCAUCGCCAUUGAGCUCAUGUGCGCGUGCCAAGCGCUUGAGUUCCAGCGCCCCCACAAGACGACCGACGCGCUGGAGGCCGUGUACUCCCUCGUCCGCACCCGCGUCGCGCCUCUAGACAAGGACCGAUACAUCGCCCCGGAUAUUGACGCGAUCGUGGAUUUGGUGCGCUCUGGCGCCAUCCUCGACGCCGUCCGCCCGUUCUUGCCGUGAUCACAACAACAAAUACAUAGAUACCAUUGUCCAAGCUAUACCAGUAGAGCAUGUAGAGGGGGUUCAGAACUUGGGAUAUAUUGUUAGCCACAGCGUGCUUAUGCAUCGAAGUACAUGUCGCCACUUCAUCAACAUGCGAAAUGCC